GAGAUGCCCUGUUCAAACCCUGGCUUCAGUCAUGAGAGCUGUUUGGAUUAGUGAUGCAAGGCUGUGGUCUACUCAACAGAUUUAGUGCAGUGUGGAACUAGGAGAGAAAUGAACUACACACAUUUUAACCUUGAUUACUAAGCAGGGGGUGGAGGUAUUGAGAGAGAGUUUAAGAGAGAAGGAAACCAGGGAAAGCAAAUCAAAACUUCUUGGUGCGUCGGGGGGAUUUCAGUUCUUUCUGUCUUUCAGCUGACCUUCCAUCCUUUCCUUCAUCUCAUCGGCUGAUCUACUGCAAAAUGGAAACAGACUCUAUGACUUGCCCUCAGAAAUCUAAAUCCCAGGAUGAAUGCAGUAAUGAAGGAGGAAAAUUCCACUUCAUCAAUGAUAGGGAAACAGCCAUUCAAGGCAUGAAAAAUAAGGACAAAGAAGCUAUUAGUGGGUUAGAAAAAACAAAAACACCGGACAGCAGUUUCUCUCCACAACCUCACGAUCAUCCCAUCUCCUCACCAGCAGAUGGAGCCAUUGAGGCAACAAUGGAAGACUUGAGCAGUACAGAUGAAAAUGACCUGAAUGGUGAUCAGGAGUGGCCACAAGUGCCAGGACUGGAAGAAGAUAUCCAACCAGAGAGGAAUGAGUGUCAGGCCAUUGAGAUUCAGGAUGAGGUGAAGGAAAACACUGACACCAGUGAAGAUGUUCAGACAUCUGUGCAUGACACUGAGGGUGAGGAACCUAUUACCAUGACACAGGAAGACAAAGGUUCUCCACAAGUUCCAAAUGUGGCCAAUGAAGAGGGACAUGAGCUUGAGUCACAUGGUGACUCUGACUCAAAAGUGUUCCUAUCAGAAAACAGUGAAGAGCAAAGUAUAGACUACAAACCUGUGGACUUUGCAACCACCAGGGAUCAGUGGGUGAGACGGGACAGUCGUUGUGAUGAACCAUUGAACCUGACGUAUUUCAAGAGAUCUUCAAAAUGUCUUCUCUCUAAGACCGAACCUUCAUCAAGCACCCAAAGUGAAUCCCCAACUGAACCUGUGGUUAAUGCUGAAAACAUCCAGCAGGGGGAGCUUGAGGAAAACAACCCAAGCAGUCUGAAGGAGAAUGAGGCGGUACAACAGGUGUGUGGUGCUGAUCCGCCCCUUGAAACAGUUGCAGGCAAGCCAACCAAUCCAGAGCAAGGAAACUCCGCCUGUAUCUCUACUGAAGUAAAAGAGCCAUUGAUAAUGCCACAGGGGAGGAGGAACAGUAAAAGGGAGGAGAGAGAGGGUGGUGAAACAGGUAAAGAGCGAAAGCAAACAGUGUGUUUCACAGAAACAGGUGGGACUGAAGGAAAGCAGGUGGAGAAGGUUAAAGAUCAAAACCAAGAACGGGGAAACAACGGACAAAGAGCAGAGUCCCAGUCCAACACAAAGCCUCAUUUGGGGGAAGGGAAAGUCAACAGAAUGCAGGUUCAUUUUGAUGACAGCCAGAGCGAUAGUGGCGUAUCAACAGAUUUCUCCCCCAGCACAACAGAUGUCUUGGAGGGCCAUGAUAAUGAUGCUCCUCAGCUUUCUGAAUCUCCUCCAAAUGAAACUCCCAUUGAGAGGGAGAUCCGUUUGACCAUGAAGAGAGAGCAGAAUCUACGGCGUUCUCGGGGACUGUGCGACACAACUGACAAGAAUAAGGAGUUUGUGGAAAUUCCAUUGAGAAGACCUAUUCUAUCCCUGGACCCCCAGAUAAGAUCCGACCCAAGCAACGGCAAAGACCGGCAGUUUGCUGGAAAGAAGAUGCAGAAGGAAAUCAGCGAAGAGACAGAGAGGGAGAAGGUUCUAGUUGAACUGGGCCGACUACCUGGGUUCUAUGACAAGGGAACAGAGGUACAGCUUCAAGAAAAAAAGCAGCUUUUUGAGUCAUUCCAAGAGCUGAAGGAAUCAGUGGUAACUAUUAACAGAUCUGCCUCAAACUCCACCGCAGAGUCUGCCGCUGGAAUACAGGAAGUUGAUUCUGCUGUUGAUGUUAAACAACUCCUAAUGCAAUUCUCACAGAAUCCUCCCACCCCACCAGCUAUGGCCCAGUUUGGAGGCACCAACGGCAACCCGCCUGCUGCUCGAGGACCUGGUCUAUCUGAGGGAAUCAAGGGCCAGAUAAUCAUCAUAGAGUCCAACGCUAUUCCCAUAACUGCUGGAGGACCAAACGGAGGUUAUAAGGCAACCUCAUGGACAGAUGGAGGAUCUGUGAAAGUGAUGAAUUCAGAGGGUGUGAGGGCUUCUUCUGCUGAGCCUGUCAGAGCAAGACAAAGUCCAAAUUUAGAAGUGACUGAAGAUGAAGAUUUGAGUUUAGUGAAGGAGAACCCUUUCUUCAAGCUCCGCUCUUCUAUGAGUCUGCAGUCUCAGGUGGAGCUGGACAUUAAGGAGGCUAAGAAGAGGGAACAAGAACUACAGAGACAGAGAAACAGUCUUUACGGAGGAGCAGCCAUGUACACAGAUGAAGGAAGUGGAGAAGGAAUGGAUUUGAGAACAGAAAUUAGAGUGAAAGAGGAAAGGGAAACCUCUAUCCAAGAGAUUCCCCCACCUCAAUGGACAAAUUUGACUUCAGCAGACCACCAGUUAGAGACGUUCACCACUACUACAUCAGUGCGUCAAUCCACUGGGAAACUGGACCUUACAUGGCCACCGUCCCAAUCUGAUGAAGAUCAAAGACAACUGUCAGAGACUACUGUAAAGAUCCCAAGGCAGAAAAAUCCAUUACUCGAGCGCUGGGAGUCAGGGAUGGUGAAUGACUGGGACUGAAACACACAAACAACAUCCUGAUGCACAAUAUGAAGCCAACCAAGUACUAGUGAACUAAAAUAAAGCAUGUAAACAAAUGAUCAGUUUCCCGGUUUAAGGAACACGUGCCAUUAUGGGGUAGAUAAAGAGCAUCAUUUGCCUCAAAAAGACACUGCAAACACACACAUUGUAAAUAACAGAUGAGCCAAACUGUUGUUAGCAGGUAUAAUCGUCGGCAAGUGUUUAUUGGCAGUAUAUAGGCUGAAAAUGAUUUCAGUAUAAUAUUUAUGUAAUCCUCAAUGUAAUUUUCUGAUUUACAGUUAUAUAGUUAUUUAUAAUCAAUAAACAUAGCUGCUUAUCCCAUAGUAACAAAACAGUCUAAAGGCUGGAAUACUGUAAGAUUAUAUGAGAAUUAUAUUUAAAUAAACAUUCUUUGAUAGAUAUUUCAUUACUUAUUAGAAAAGGUAUAUUAUACUUGGAAAUGGUUUCAUUGAUGCAUAAAUAAAAAUGCUAAAAUAAAA